UAGAGAGAGAGAGCUGAGAGAGAGAGAGUCAAAGAAACACAGAGAGCUUCUGAGGGAGAUUCAGUGCUUCAGUAGCAUCAAGGAUCCGACAAACACAAAACACUGACGAGCUGCUGCAGAAAGACUCGCGAGGAAGACUCGCACUCCACAGGGAUUCAUAACCAAGCACAUCAAUGCUGCUCAUCCCGGGCCGGGCUUUGCUUCUCUCUCUCCUCCUGGCAGUCUCACAGUCCCUGGACAGAGAGGUCGGAGGUCGUGGCGUGUGCCGGCCGGGUUUCUCUGAGGAUUUCUACACCACAGUGAUUCCUGACGCUGUGCUGCUGCCGGGACAGCCCGUCUUCACCGUGAAGUAUGUGGACUGUGGGAGACGGGCUCACGUGUGGUUUGAAUGCAGUGAGCCUGAAGACUUCUGGAUCUCAGUGGAUGGAGUUGUGUACGCCCUCCGCCUGCUACACCCGACCCACUCCUGGACCAGGUCACCUCUGGUCAUUAAAGCCCAGGACGAGGCCAGCCAUCAGCAGUGGAGGACACAGCUCACACUGAUCCCAGCCAGAGCUCAUCCAUCACAGGAAAUAGUGUUUCCUUCCCGACUGAUAGACAUGUCUCUCAGGCGCAUGAAGAGAGAUUGGGUUAUUCCUCCAAUCAAUGUGGCAGAAAACUCAAGAGGGCCUUUCCCAUUGAAACUGGUUAGGAUUCGCUCAGAUCAUGAUGAGCAUGUGAGUUUGCGCUACAGUGUGACGGGCCCCGGGGCCGACCAGCCCCCCACUGGAGUCUUUUCCAUUGACCCCGUCUCAGGACAACUGAGCGUCCUCAAGCCCCUGGACCGAGAGCACUUGCCCAGCUUCAAUUUGAGGGCACAUGCUGUGGACCUGAAUGGGAAUCAGGUGGAAAACCCCAUUGACAUCAUGAUCAACGUCAUUGACAUGAACGACAACCGGCCAGAGUUCAUCCAGCAGAUCUGGAAUGGAAGCGUUCCUGAAGGCUCCAAACCAGGCACCACAGUGAUGACAGUGACGGCAGUGGACAAGGAUGACCCCAAAACCCUUAACGGGCAGCUGCGCUACAAGAUUGUGUCCCAGAAUCCCCACAGCCCCAGUCCAAACAUGUUCACCAUUAACAACCGCACUGGAAGUGUCAUCACUGUCGCUGCGGGCCUGGACCGAGAGAAAGUGCCUCAGUACACACUGAUCAUCCAAGCCACUGACAUGGAGGGAAAUCCCACCUACGGCCUUUCUAAUACAGGCACUGCGGUCAUCACCGUCACAGACAUCAACGACAACCCUCCAGAGUUCACCUCGGACACGUUUUUUGGCGAGGUACCAGAGAACCAGGUGAACAUGAACGUGUUGAACUUGACGGUGACGGAUAAGGACCAGCCCAACACUGGAGCGUGGCGCGCUCUCUACAGGAUAGCGGCGGGCGACCCCGCGGCUCAUUUCUCUGUGCACACUGACCCCGUCUCUAACCAAGGCCUGCUGACCGUCGUCAAGUCCAUUGACUACGAGAUCAGCAGAUCGCUGGUGCUGACAGUGGUGGCAGUGAAUGAGAGUCCUCUAGAUAAAGGAAUCCGUCUCCCCCGUCAGUCCACAGCCACCGUCUCCAUCCGCGUCACCGACGUCAACGAGAGCCCUUAUUUCCAGCACAACCCUACGCUACUGGAGCUACAGGAGGGCUUACAGGCCGAGUCUGCGAUCGCUAGCUUCACUGCCCUGGAUCCAGACCGCUUCAUGCAGCAGAGCCUCAGGUACAGCACGCUGUCUGACCCUGCUAACUGGCUGAGAAUUGAUCCCAUGAAUGGACACAUCACAACUAUUGGCGUUCUAGACAGAGAGUCUCCAUUUGUGCAAGACAAUAUCUACACGGCUACGUUCCUCGUCACUGACAGCGGGAUUCCUCCGGCCAGCAGCACCGGUACUCUGCAAAUCCUUCUUCUGGAUGUCAACGAUAAUGCCCCUGAGGUUUUCCCGCCAGAGACGGUGAUGUGUGAAAAACCUGAGAACAACGGCAUUAACAUCACAGCGUUGGAUGCAGACAUCGACCCCAACACUGGACCUUUCUCUUUCGACUUGCCCUUACAACCUAUCGAUGUUAGAAAGAACUGGACAAUCACACGUCUCAGUGGUGAUUAUGCUCAACUCCUUCUUAAAAUGGACUUUUUGGAGAACGGGAUCUACAAGAUUCCCAUCAUAAUCACAGACUCUGGUAAGAUGCCGAUGUCCAACACGUCGUAUCUGCGAGUGAAGGUGUGUGUGUGUGAUCCUGACGGAGACUGCACAGAGCAGGAGCGCGUCACGAGCGCUGGCCUCGGGACUGGACUGAUGAUCACCCUCCUGCUCGGCAUCCUCCUCCUCCUCAUCCUUGUGUUGUUGUUCGUUGUGUGGAUGAAAAGGAGAGAUAAAGAACGACUGGCCAAGCAGCGGCUGAUCGACCCCGACGAGGACAUCAGAGACAACAUCCUGAAAUAUGACGAAGAGGGAGGAGGCGAGGAAGACCAGGAUUAUGACCUGAGCCAGCUGCAACUGCCAGAUACAGAGACUCACGGCAUCCGCAGGUUUGAUGAGAGACCUCAGUACCCCGAGCCCCAUUACCCCAUCAGAUCCACCGCUCCUCAUCCUGGAGAUAUUGGAGAUUUCAUCAGUGAGGGUCUAAGGGCUGCUGAUAAAGAUCCAACAGCUCCACCGUAUGACUCCCUGUUGGUGUUUGACUACGAGGGUGACGUCUCCACUGCGGGAUCCCUCAGCUCCGUCAACUCCUCUAGCAGCGAUGGAGACCAGGAUUACCAUUACCUCAAAGACUGGGGUCCCCGCUUCACUAAACUAGCUGACAUGUAUGGUGGCACCGAUGAGUAGAAGAGAUCAGAUUACAGCUGCAGAAAUGUGUUUUAAAGGAUCAACACAAGCAAACACAACUUCCCAAGGCAAACUGCUAACGAUUAACUCAAGGCUUAAAGCAAUAGUUAUGCAUAUAUGUGGAACACUUUCAGAGUAUGAUACUCGUCGUUACACUUGAACUUUACAGUGUAGAAGCACAGGGAUUGAAUGUGCCUUUUUGUACAUUUAUUCUGAAUGAUUUAUGUUCAAAGCUUUAAUUAUACUGACUUAAGGAGUGAUUAUGAGAUUUAAGUUUGUGUUUAUUCUACAAAAGAUCAUGCUUUUCUUUUUUGCUCACAAACUGUUUUUCAAAGGGAUUAUUUAAAUUUCUUUUUCUUUUUCAAAUAUCGGAAGACAAAUUGUAAGACACUAUACAGUUCACAGGAUUCUUAGCCUAUUUGUUCAACAUGAAUUUAACAUUUGCACAUAGUUUGAAAUAAAAAAAAUAUAACUGAA